AUGAGUUUCAUCAAGUCCAUCAAGACGUCAGCUUACCACUCCAGGUUCCAAACCCCAUUCAGGAGAAGAAGAGAGGGUAAGACCGACUACUACGCCAGAAAGAGAUUGGUUGCUCAACACAAGGCCAAGUACAGUUCUCCAAAGUACAGAUUAGUUGUUAGAUUCACCAACAAGGAUAUCAUUUGCCAGAUUGUCUCAUCCACCAUCACCGGUGACAUUGUUUUGGCGGCUGCUUACUCGCAUGAGUUGCCUAGGUACGGUAUUAAGCACGGUUUGACCAACUGGUCCGCAGCUUACGCUACUGGUCUAUUGGUUGCCAGAAGAACAUUGAAGAAGUUGGGUUUGGACGAGACCUACCAAGGUGUUGAGGAGCCAGAAGGUGAGUACGAGUUGACCGAGGCUGUUGAGGACGGCCCCAGACCAUUCAAGGUGUACUUGGACAUUGGUCUGCAGAGAACCACCACUGGUGCCAGAGUCUUUGGUGCUUUGAAGGGUGCUUCCGACGGUGGUUUGUACGUUCCUCACUCUGAAAACAGAUUCCCAGGUUGGGACUUUGAAACCGAGGAGUUGGACGCCGACUUGUUGAGAACCUACAUCUUUGGUGGUCACGUGUCUGCUUACAUGGAAGAGUUAGCUGACGAUGAUGAGGAGAGAUACAAGCAAUUGUUCAAGGGUUACCUCGAGGAUGACAUCGAUGCCGAUGCCGUCGAGGACAUAUACGCCGAGGCUCAUGCUGCUAUCAGAGAAGACCCAACCUUCAAGCCUACUGAGAAGAAGUUCACCAAGGAACAGUACGCUGCUGAGUCCAAGAAGUACAGACAAACCAAGUUGUCCAAGGACGAAAAGAAGGCCCGUAUUGUUGCCAAGAUCGCUGCCUUGACUGCCCAGGAAUAA